UUGUUUUCUGUCGGUGAUUUUAUGAUUUUUAAAAGUUAUUUUGGAAAAAUGAACCUUGGUUUUUAAAUGAUUUUUUAACUGUAAAAAUGGCAAUUUGUAAAUAUUUUCAGCAAGGCAAUUGCCGAUAUGGGCAUGGUUGCAGAUUCGAUCAUAUUUAUGGUUCAAAAUAUUCCUAUCGAGCACCUCAAGUGGAGUCAGCUAAAAGUAGCAAGGAUGUCUUCAAUACGAACACAUCUCGGCAAGCCAGUUCAGCAUCAUCAUUAUUUCGGAGUGCAGUACAAAAUACCACUCAACAUUUUGACAGUUCAUCAUCACAUAUGUUUGCACAAAAUCAUCCCACCAGACCAUCGGUCUUUGACAGAUUAGGUCCACAGCCAAGCAAUGCAUUUAGCAACCAAAAUAACCAAGCAAACCAGGCUAAGUCAAUUUUUGCUCAAGCAAAUCAAAGCAUGUUUGAGCAAACACAUUCAACUCCUAAUGUUUUCCGAUCACAGAACCAAUCACCCAAUGUGUUCCAAACUCAAAUUCAAUCUCCAAAUGUGUUCCAAAUUCAAAAUCAAACUCCAAAUGUAUUCCAAACACAAAACCAACCAAAUGCUAAAUCCCUAUUUGCCCAAGCCACCCAAAGCAUAUUUGGCCAAAGCCAGCCAACCAAUUCAACUUUUGUGAAUGAACAGAAUAGAUUAUCUAAUAAUACAAGCACACACAACAGAGAUGUGUUUCAAAUAUCAAAUAAACCCACAUCCAAUGUGUUUGGUGUAAAUGGUUUUGAAGCAAGUCAAUUCAAUGAUGAUGAUGAUAUUUAUAGUAAAAUAGAGGAGUUGUCUAAAAGUGAUAUUGAAGCUUUUGAAAGUGAAGACUUUAAAUUAGGUUUUAUACCAGAGUUACCACCGCCUAGAUCUCUUUGUGUUAUGUAGUUUAUUCACUUAGAAAUGGAAUUUGCAUUAGAGUCUGUGCCUUUUGGUCUCUCUGACCCAUACUGCUGUGGUAAUCGAGAGGACAAGUCAGAUUUUUAAAAUCAUGAACUAAUUAGGUUAUAAAUUACAAUGUAUGGAAUGUUCGUCAAAUGAUCUUUUUUUCUGUGAUUUAUGGAUAUAUGCAACAUGAAAAUCAAGUUUAGUUUUUAAGGUUCCGUACGUGUAAGAUGCCAACAGGACUUGUAUCGCUAUCUGUCUGUCCAUCCCCGUUCUCUGUCAGCUGGCUGUAUCUCAUAAACGGUAAUAGUAGUUGAAAUUUUACGCCGUGUGUAAUAAAAAACCAAGAUGGCGUACUUCAACACUGCCAUCAUGCAAAUUAAAAAGUACGGAAAGUUUAUCACCAACAAAUUUUCUCGAAACUGCCUUUUCUGACCUAAUGCCAUCUCAAUUAACAUGGCACUACGAAUAUUCGUAUAUGGCAGCAUAGUUAAGUAUUUCUAUUUGAACAUUAUAGUACGCGACAGGUCGACAUGGCAAUCGGUUUGGGGACGCCCCCCUUGUGAACCCGGCGCGGGACAGUGCGGGCGCUGGGCGGGUGUGCGAGGCGUCCCCGAACCAAUUGCCAUGUCGACCUGUCGCGUACUAUACCUUGGUUAUAUUUGGACAGCAUUGUAGGUUGCCUGAAACUUCUAGUACUACUUAGGACUGCUAGUUGUUUACAAAGCAAACUAAACUAAUGGAAUAAAUCAUUUGCUUGCAGAAAAGUACCUACAUAAUAUUACAAAACCAAUGUAGCUUAGUUUGUUUUUGCACAACUAAUUUCUGUACACAUAUAUUCCUAAUGCAACUAAAAGCUCUUGAAGUGAACGUUUUGUUGGGCAACCUGUAACUAAAUACAUACCUAGUAAUUUUAAGUUGUAAAUCAUUGUAUAUUAAAUUAUUAUACUAAA